AUGGAGUCUCGCAUUCAUAUCAAAGAAGAAGAAGAAAUCCCUUACGAGGUCUUGUAUUCAAGAGCUAAUGAGCUUAUUACAUCCUCUGAGGACGAAAAAUAUCUAGAUCCUGAAGCUUUGAUACGGUUUUUGAGGGCAAGGGAAAUGAAAGUUGACAACGCCUUAGAAAUGUGGAGACAUUGAAUGGAAUGGAGAAAAUCAUAUAGAGCGGACGAAAUCACUGAACUUGAAGUCAUGCCUCAGAUUGAAACGGGACAAGCUUUCUGGCAUGGCCAUGACAAUCAAGGCAGACCAUGCUUGAUUGUUAGGACUAGAUUUCACUGGCCUGGUCAGUUUCCAAUGGAUAACAUGAUCAGAUAUUGCAUUUAUUUGGUAGAAAUUGGGAUUAGGCUUGCUGACGAAUCAGGGAAUGGGCAAAUUUGUGUGAUUUAUGAUAGAGGGCAGAUGACAGAAGCCAACAGAGACCCAGAACUGAUAGGGACUAUGAAAAGGCUUUCGGGGAUGCUACAAGACUAUUAUGCUGAGAGAUUAGGGGCUUUGUAUGUUUUGCAUGUGAAUUGGAUAUAUUGGUUAAUGUAUCAAGCUGUUAAGCCAAUGCUUCAAAAGAAAACGAGAAAUAAAGUCCAUGUAUUAAGAAAUAUCAACGGCUUAAGGGAUCAUUUUUCUCCAGACCAACUUUUGAUGGAGUAUGGGGGGACUAAUGAUUAUGAGCAUCCUUAUCCCAGGAAAUAG